AUGCAAAAACAUUACAAAGUACCUCUGUUAGACGAAUACCAUUUGUUUGUGGAGGAGAACAGUGAGAGUAUUGUCAUUCCGAGAGAUGGUGGGGAUGAGCUGUCGUUUUAUUUGGAAGAAAACUUGUUGGGAGUAAUAAUUCCAGCUCUGCAGGAGCUGUUGAAAGAUUCCUCAAUGGUGGCAUCUCCAGAGUACGCAAGUGACGACAUGAAGCAACAAGAACAUACAAAAUCAACAAAUGUUUAUUCUAAGGUGGAUCCUCUCAGUUGGAUUGCCAUGUACCUUAUUCGAAAUAAUCCCAAACAUUCAUCGGAAAUACAAAAUCAUCCCUAUUAUAAAUUAUUGAAAGAGCAUGUGGAACAUAUUCGACCCUUAGUGGAGCAGAGCAGAAAAACAUUACAAAAAUCACAAGAGGAUAUCCGUCACGAAAUCAAAGACUUAGCUCUUCAAAAGUUUAAAAGCAAAUAA